AUGGUGUUCGAUUCGUCAUCAAAGCUGCCGCCCGACGGUCUUCUGCAAGGCUCGUUCCUAUUUCAGUUAGGCAACUUUGACGAGUGUCUAUCUGUAAAAGGGCCUUUGAACAGCGACAACGAGCCCAGAUUCACAGGAAAAUACUGUCGAGUUCAACUCGGAUUCAAAACGUCGGAUAAAAUGGAUGCAAAGUCUCAUAUGCUUUUCACUCAAAUGAAAUUAGCUUAUGACAAAAUCACCUCGAGAAUGAACCAAACCGAAUGGACUGGACUGGUCAAUAGUCCUCGUCCUCAAGUUGGAUUAAUUCCGGGCGUAUCGAUUCUUGCCCAGUGGGCUGUGUGCGCUCCGUCAUCCUGCACUGCGGAUGGCGUUAAAGUAGUGGCAGAUUUCAAUCUCCAGCAAUUUUUUUCAGCUUUAAACUUCGAUGUUGAAACUUUUGUAAUUGAACAAUCUUGCCAUUAUGAGGAUGACGGAAAACAAGACUUGGACACCGGCUCCUGGGCGUUUAUUAUUUUCUUCCUCGUUUUGACAGUGUGCAUGGCAUAUGCAACGAUUUGUGACUACGUUUGGCCACGGGAAGAUUUACACAUUGCUGUGCGGUCAUUUUCAUUGAGGAGCAAUUUACGAAAUCUGUUCACUCUGCCCGAAACUGUUGCACCUGGUCACCUAACCUGUCUCCAUGGAAUUAGGGUUUUCAGUACCUGGUGGAUCAUCCUCAUGCAUGUUUACUCUACCAAUUUAUUUCUGCCGCAUAUCAACCUUGGGAUGCUUGCUGAUAAGUAUCUGUACGAAUGGUCAAUGGCACCUUUAUACAACGGUUCAUUGGCUGUGGAUACCUUUUUCUUCCUGAGCGGUUUGUUGACUGUGUACAUGGUUUUGGUAGAUCAGAAGAAAGGACGACCUUUUAAUGUUUUCAAAUAUAUCAUCUACAGAUAUUUGAGACUCACCCUCCCGAUGGCAGUGGUGAUUUUCUUCCUGUCAACUUUGUACGGACGGAUAGGAGCUACUCCUCUGUGGGAUUUAAUUAUUGAUCCCCAUACCAAAAUUUGCGCAGACUACUGGUGGGUCUCUUUGCUGUAUUUCACCAACUUCUACAAGCCUUUGGAGACAACGUGCAUGGGACAAGCUUGGUAUUUGAUGGUGGACAUGCAGCUUGCCGUGGUGGCCCCAAUUGUCAUUUAUCCACUACUCAAGUGGCCGAAAAUUGGUCUUGGACUCGUUGGAGCUCUCACUUUGGGCUCAAUGGCCGUGUCGUUUGGCCUCACGUUUGCUUAUAACUUGGAGUGGGCUCUGUCAUUAAUAGUGCCUGCAGAGACUACUGGUAAUUUCUUCGAACUGAUCUACACAAAUCCAGCAGCCCGAGCAGCGCCGUAUUUGUGUGGAAUGGCCCUGGCCUACAUGCUCGCGAAUAAAAUCACGUUCAAACUGCCAAAAUGGGGUGUAGCACUCGAUUGGAUUUUGAAUACAGCCGGCUGCCUGGCCAUUAUUUAUUCAAUCAUGAUCGUUUACGACAGAAACUUUGUCUACGACAACCUGGAAGCUGCUUUCUACGCUGGACUUCACAGAUUCGCAUGGGCUGUUGGUUUGAGUUGGAUCGUUUGGGCCUGUGUCAAUGGAUAUGGCGGUCCUGUGGAUUCUAUUUUGUCUUGGAAAUAUUUCUUGCCCUUGAGCAAACUCAGCUACUGCGCUUUCUUGGUGCACAUAGACAUUAUGUUUUACCACACAGCCCUUAUCAGGACGAAUACGUACUUCUCCAAUUUUGAGAUCGUGUUUGAAUUUUUUGGGAAUUUAAUAAUGAUGAUCCCAGCGACGAUGUGGCUUUACCUUGCUGUCGACGCUCCUUGUCAGACGAUUAUUAGAGCGGCAUUUGGAAAACCUAAUCGAACCAUCGCUCCCAAGGAUACAGGAGAUCAAAAUGGGAUGAAACAUGAAGAAAAAGAGCAUGAAGAAGCAGAGCCAAUUCCAGAAAUGAAGGCAGAGGAGUUGGAGGAAAUUAAAAGCAGUUAAUUAAAUUUGAAAUAAAAU